UUCCUGGAGGGUGCAUGCUGGGCUGGGAGAGCUAGGGCCACAGGUGCCCCAGUGAAAAGGUAGCCCCUGGUGGCCAGCUGUCCAGGUUGGGGGCCAGUGAGUAUUCAGCUCCAGGUCUCUCUUUUGUGAAGAGGAUCUCCUCUGCAUACACCACCCGCGCUCCCCCAUCUCUGAUCCCGUGAGGACUAAAGGAAGGUCCGAGCACCAGUGCUUAUCACACUGCCAGGGCAGCUCAUGCUGUUGGUCAGGUUCACUAGUUUUUCUCCUACAGAACAGUGGUUGGCUUCCAAGAGGGUGCUGUACAGCGGGGCGCUCAUCUCCUCCCCUAGCCUCUUUCCUCAACCCCAGGCCCGCAUUUUUGUCUGUUCUGCUCCAGUGUAUCUGCAGCAUGUCAUAAACUUGAGUCCUCUGCCCCAGAAGCGGUUUCUCUCACUGGCUCCUGCCUCUUACCAGGAGUGAGAAAGGCUCAUGGGUUGUGAGAGCGGCCACACUUUUCCUCUUUUCCUAACCCCUCAUCCCAUGAGAGCAACUGGAGACCUCAUGCCUUGGCUUUCCUCUACCUGGACACUGAAAACCCUGACCACAGGCCGACUCAACAUUACCUACCCCAUGCUGUUCAAACUGACCAACAAGAAUUCAGACCGCAUGACGCACUGUGGUGUGCUGGAAUUUGUGGCUGAUGAGGGUAUCUGCUACCUCCCACACUGGAUGAUGCAGAAUUUGCUGUUGGAAGAAGGGGGACUCGUUCAGGUGGAGAGUGUCAACCUUCAAGUGGCCACGUACUCCAAAUUUCAGCCUCAGAGCCCUGACUUCCUGGAUAUCACCAACCCCAAAGCAGUAUUAGAAAAUGCACUGAGAAACUUUGCCUGUCUGACCACCGGGGAUGUGAUUGCCAUCAACUACAAUGAGAAGAUCUAUGAACUGCGGGUGAUGGAAACCAAGCCCGACAAGGCUGUGUCCAUCAUCGAGUGCGACAUGAACGUGGACUUUGAUGCUCCACUGGGCUACAAAGAACCUGAAAGACAAGUCCAGCAUGAGGAGUCAACCGAAGGUGAAACUGACCACAGUGGCUACGCUGGAGAGCUGGGCUUCCGUGCCUUCUCCGGCUCUGGGAAUAGACUGGAUGGGAAGAAGAAAGGUGUAGAGCCAAGUCCCUCCCCAAUCAAGCCUGGAGACAUUAAAAGAGGAAUUCCCAAUUAUGAAUUUAAACUUGGUAAGAUCACUUUCAUCAGAAAUUCACGUCCACUGGUCAAAAAGGUUGAAGAGGAUGAAGCUGGAGGCAGAUUCAUCGCUUUCUCUGGAGAAGGACAGUCAUUGCGUAAAAAGGGAAGAAAGCCAUAAGUUGGAACUUUUGGCUGAUUGAAAAAUAAAAUGAUCAAUUGCAACACA